AUGGCAUCAGUCCAGAUCCUAGAUGGGGGCCUCGGCACCUCUCUGCAAGACCAGUAUGGAGUGAGUUUCGACGCAUCAACUCCACUGUGGGCGUCACACAUGCUAGUCGCAGACCCAGACACGCUCCGCGCAUGCCAACACGACUUCGGAGCCGCAGGCGCGGACGUGCUCCUCACAGCCACGUAUCAAGUCUCGGAGGAAGGAUUCGCGCGGACCAAAACAGCCGACUUCCCCACCGGCAUCCCGCGCAGCGCUGUAGCGCCAUAUCUACAGACUGCAGUCGACGUUGCCGAACAGGCCAAGGGCCGCGAUAGCGCCAAGAUCGCGCUGAGUCUGGGUCCCUAUGGGGCAUGUAUGAUCCCCGGACAGGAGUACAGCGGCGCAUACGAUCCCGCCCAUGACAGCGAGGAAUCGCUGUACCGCUGGCAUCUGGACCGGUUACGUCUCUUUGUUGAUGCUGACGGCAACUUGGUCCGUCGUCUACAGUAUGUUGCUUUCGAGACGCUGCCGCGGCUGGAUGAGGUGCGCGCGGUGAGACGCGCGGUCCGUGAUGCGGGAAUUGGGGCGCCGUUUUGGGUCUCUUGUGUGUUUCCGCGUGACGACGAUGCUCUGCCUGAUGGGAGUUCGGUUGAGCAGGUUGUAUGCGCUGCUCUGGCGCCUCUGGAGGGCAGUGCUACGCCGUGGGGUAUUGGUGUCAAUUGCACUAAGAUUCAUAAGCUGCCUGCCCUUGUCAAUGCAUUUGGAGAGAAUGCUGCACGGGUUGCGUCAACUGGUCAGCUGUUUGCUACCCCGGCUUUGGUUUUGUAUCCCGAUGGUACGAAUGGCGAGGUGUAUAAUACUACGACGCAGACUUGGGAAAAGCCGGAUGAUCUGAGAAAGCCGGGAGACCGGGAUAUGCGCCCUUGGGAGGUUCAAAUCGCGCAAGUAGUUAAUGAGGCCUAUACAAGGGGCCAUUUCAGCUCUUUUGUGGUCGGCGGCUGCUGCAAAGCUUCUCAUCACGAUAUCAGAAAGCUCAAGGAGCAGUUCACGACCGAGUGA